UACGGUUUGCUGGCAAGAGAGAACAACUUACAUAAUAUAAAUAUACAUAUUGUGUGUCUCCUGAGAUCAAGGAGGGCGACCCAGUUCAGGUUUUUCUUUUCUGUUUUUAAAGAUCAAAGGCCAUGGCAUCUGGAGGAUCCAAAUCAGCAGCUUCAGUCCUCCUAAUCGUCAAUCUUGUUUUAUAUUUCGUUGUAACAGUGAUCGCUGCAUGGGCUGUAAAUCAUGGGAUUCAGAGAUCUCGCGAGACAGCAUCUGUUUUGUCUAUUCCGGCUCGCAUAUUUCCAAUAUACUUCCCAUUCGGAAACAUGGCGACUGGUUUCUUUCUCAUCUUCUCCCUCAUUGCCGGCGUUGUGGGCAUGGGUACCUCACUUGCAGGGCUCAACAAUGUUUCUCAAUGGAAUCCACCCAACUUGCACGCAGCAGCCGCCUCUUCUCUGGCAACUUGGGCACUCACUCUAUUAGCCCUGGGACUGGCAUGUAAAGAGAUCGAACUUGGUUGGACAGGUUCAAAGCUGAGGACUCUUGAGGUCAUCACCAUUGUUGUGAGUGCGACACAAACGUUUUGCGCUGGUGCUCUCCAUGUAGGGCUUAAAGAUGUUUGAGCUCCAGCGUGCAAAAACGCUAAUUUGAUGUUGUCUGUUGAUUCCCUCAUAACUUGUGUAAUUGUAUUGCCACUGA